AUGAAACAGGUGGCCGCUACCCCGCGUAUUAUCGGGCGUAGACUCUAUGCUUCGUUCACUGUUGCACCCAAGCUUGCCUUGUCGGAUUUGAACCGUUCGACCAUCGAGGCCAAAUACGCCGUGAGAGGCAAAAUCCCAAUCCGUGCCGAUGAGCUCAGCCAGGAGAUUGCCCAGAAUGAGAAAUUGGCUUUUAACGAGAUCAUCAGCGCCAACAUCGGCAACCCUCAGCAACUUGACCAGGCGCCCCUCUCGUGGUAUAGACAGACGCUUUCUCUCUUGCAAUACCCCGGUCUAAUCGAGCAGUUGAAAGAGUUAGACGAGACCACCAGAAACAAGCUUUACCCUGCUGACGUUAUCGAGCGUGCGUCGACUUUGCUCGGCAGCUUGGGUUCUGUAGGUGCAUACUCGCUGUCGCAAGGUGACCGCUUUGUCAGAAAAUCCGUGGCCGAGUUCAUCUCCAAACGUGACGGCUACCCCGCAAACCCCAACGACAUUUUCUUGACCGGAGGCGCCUCUGCUGCCGUGCUGUACUUGAUCCAGGUCUUGUCGCGUGGCGAGAACCUGGGCUUCUUGAUUCCCAUUCCCCAGUAUCCUUUGUAUACCGCCUCUAUUGCCUUGAACAACGCCACUCCAAUCGGAUACUACUUGGACGAGGCCAACGACUGGUCCACAGACCCCAAGCAGAUCCGCCAGUUAAUUGCGGAAAACAAGGACAAGGGCAUCGACGUCAAGAGCUUGGUGAUCAUCAACCCAGGAAACCCCACCGGUGCCAUUCUCUCGGAGUCCGACAUUUCUCAGCUUAUUGACAUUGCCGCCGAGCACGGCUUGGUGGUCAUUGCCGACGAGGUGUACCAGGAAAAUGUAUUCCACGGCCAAUUUGUGUCUGCCAAGAAGGUCUUGGCCAAGUUGCUCGAAAAGGACCCAGAGACAUAUAAGAAUGUCCAGCUUGUAUCGUUGCACUCCACGUCCAAGGGUGUCAGUGGAGAAUGUGGCCAGAGAGGUGGAUACAUGGAGCUCGUCGGCUUUUCGAAGGAGGUCCAAGACGUGAUCUUCAAGUUGGCCUCCAUCAACUUGUGUCCGGUAGUGACUGGCCAGGCUUUGGUUGAGUUGAUGAUCAACCCUCCAAAGGAGGGCACGCCUUCUCACGGUCUUUACCAGAAGGAAGUCUCGUCCAUCCACGAGGCUUUGGAGGAAAGAGCCACGCGGUUGCACGAGGCUUUCAGCAAAAUGGCCGACGUGGAGUGCAACAAGCCACAAGGUGCCAUGUACCUCUUCCCCAGACUCAACUUCGACAAGUCGCUGUACGCCAAGUUGCACGAGGCUUGCAAAGCUGAUGGCCUGUCGGUGGACGAGUUCUACUGCUCGGAUCUCUUGGAAAACACCGGUAUUUGCUGUGUUCCCGGCUCUGGGUUUGGCCAGGUGCCCGGAACGUACCACUUGAGAACCACGUUCUUGCCUCCAGGCACGAACUGGAUCGAGAGAUGGGAACUGUUCCACAAGAACUUUGUAGCCAAGUACAAGAACUAA